AUGCAGCCAGGAUCAAAACUCAUAGACGGCACUUCGCCAUGCCGCCACGAGCGUUUCUAUUUCGACGAUGGCAACGUUACCUUCCGUGUCGAGGACACACUCUUCAAAGUCCAUCGCUAUUUCCUUCAGCGCGACUCGCCGGUUUUCAAGGAUAUGUUCUCGCUUCCGACGGGUACCGCGCCGGUGCACGGCUCAUCCGACGACCUCCCAAUCGAUCUACAAACGAUAAAGGCCUUAGACUUCGAACGCUUUCUAUCUUUCCUCUAUGCCACGGAUUACAUCACCCGUGAUAUACAGACCCCCGAGGAGUGCGAAUCGGUUUUGAAGCUUUCGAAGCUUUGGCAAAUCGAGAAUAUCCAACCACUCAUUGCAAUUUGUCUACGUGCCAAUUCACCCCUCGCCAACCAGAUCGCGUUGGCACAUAGAUACAAUCUCAGCACCAUUUUGCUGGACGCUGUGGUGGACAUCAGUUUGCGUCAAGAGAAGCUAACGGCGGAUGAAAUUCGCUGUAUGGAAUCACCGGAGAUCAUUGCAGCUGUCGUCACACUGCGCGAGUACCAAAAGGAGGACAAGGAGAGCAAUCGCUUUGCUAGGAUAGACCCAAAGCGGAGCGCACAACGGGUGCUCACAGCAUGUGAAGCUCAUAACUGUCUUAUGUGUAAGGAAACGCUUUGCCGGCAGGCGAGGGCCCCUCGUCGUUUUAUCGACCAAUUUUGA